CUACUACUUGAAUAAAAGCAAUUAUCUUCGUUCCUGUCUCUCCUCCGCGCUAGACAACUGUCGUCAGGGGUAUUAACAGUUCGCUGUUAUCUUAAACAUGUUAUGUAAAAGUGAAAACGUGUUAUAGCGUGUUAUACGGCGACUGCAAGCAGUUAAGGUCUGUACUAAGUCUCGAGCUGGUCUCUUGUGAUCUGUCGGUGGCGAGAGUUGAGUGCAAACCGAGAUGGCUACCAAGGACGAGAAGAUUGCAAUCGUAGGCAGUGGUCUAAUUGGACGCAGCUGGGCCAUGUUAUUUGCUAGCGUUGGCUACAAUGUGUACAUUUAUGACAUUGACAAGAAUCAAAUAAUGUCAGCCCUGAAAGACAUUGAGGAACAAACAAAAUCACUGGAGGCAAGGAAACUCCUUCGAGGAAAUCUGUCAGCAAGCCAGCAGUGUUCACUUAUUAAAGGAACCGUACAUCUAGAGGAAGCCAUAAAAGGAGCAAUACUGGUGCAAGAGUGUGUCCCAGAGAGACUGGACCUCAAAAGGAAUGUGUACCAGGAUGUGGACAAGUUUAUGGAUGACAAUACCAUUCUGUCUAGCUCUACCAGUACCUUUCUUCCCUCUAGGCUCUCUGAUGGGCUCAAACACAAAAGCCAUUUCAUAGUAUCACACCCUGUAAACCCACCAUAUUAUGUACCAUUGGUGGAGGUAGUACCAGCACCAUGGACAGAAGAGUCAGUUGUUACGAAGACUCGUGACAUUAUGAAGGAGAUUGGGCAGGUCCCUGUGUGCUUCAAGAGGGAGAUUGAAGGAUUUGCUCUUAACAGAAUUCAAUACUGUAUUCUGAAUGAAGUCUGGAGACUAGUUGCUGAUGGAAUUCUUAAUGUUGAAGACAUUGAUAAUGUCAUGUCAGAAGGUCUGGGUAUGCGCUACGCUUUCCUAGGACCUCUAGAGACUGCUCAUCUCAAUGCUGAAGGUAUGGAAAGCUACUGUGAUCGCUAUAGCAAGACAAUUUAUGAUGUGAGUGUGACAUCUGGUCCGGUGCCAAAGUUCGAAGGUCCACUUGUGAAGGAAAUCAACGAACAGCUCUGUGCCAAAGUACCAAUUGAAAAGUUACCUGAACGUCGGGCAUGGAGAGAUGCCUGUCUUACCAAGCUGUCAGUUCUCAAGAAAGAGGCGAACAACUAAAGAGCACCAAACAAUGCAAUGUGCAUUAUCAUAUAAUUAUACUGUAUAUAUUAUACAUUAGAUUUGUACUGAGCAGAAGCAAAUAUACAUAUAUUUAAUCCAAAGUCCAUUUAA